UAAUGUAAAUACUUUGCCUUGGGAGGAGGGCUUGGGCUACAAUUUCUAAUCAAGUGUGCUUUGGAAUACAAGAAAGUUGACAGUCUGUCACGGUGAACCGGAAAAUUGGUUCUCAGAAUAAAAUUCAAGUUUCUAAAUUUCCGUGCAAAACAUGAGCUACCAAUACGCCGAAAACGAACCAAGCCUAGCCAGCUCGAACAAGCUGGAACUGAUUCUGGACGUCUACGACGACGGAACGAUCCAGAUGGUUUCCGCUUCCGACGAACGGUUAUCAAUAGGGGGUCCAUACUCCCUUUCCGCCGAUCGCGAAUCUCUGCGCAAAGAACCAUCGAUCGAACGCCUGUUCGAAUGUGCCGAGCUAAAGGCCCAGGCCCAAGCAUCACCUCAUCAUCAACCAAUAUCCACGCUGGAGCUGCACCCAAGUGACGACGAGGAGGACGAUGGCUCUGAAUCCGACCGGGAACCGGAACUGGUGGAGCUGUGCCCGUGCCGAUGCGAGGAUUGUCCCAGGGAGUGCUACGAGAGCAGACGAUCCAGAGGGGACGAGAUGGUAAUGCUCGAGGCCAAUAUGUUGAUCAAAGUUCCGAUCAAGAAGAGAAACCUCGAGCGAUUGAUGCAGAUUGCCAAAUGUUGCGAAGAUAGGAUUAGAUGAGUCCGACAUGGAAUAUUGAGAAUUUUACUGAACAAAUAAAUCAAUGAAUAUA